ACGAGUUUUCCCGAAGCCGACGACUUUUCCGACGGAUGUCCCGAACCGCCGCACUGCACAACGGGGAAAAAGCCCACAGCUGAUGAUGGUGUGCGGUAGUAGUUGCGAUUUUCCACUCGCACCGAGCAGCUGGUGUGUUGUAGUUUGGUGCCCCAGUUGGUGCGCGUUCUCGGCGGGAAACCUUAGUGCCCUGGUGGACUGUACUGUAGUGCACCGUCUCGGCCAGUUCGUGACCGGUAGCUAGAGCAACGGGUAGAUGUGCGUGUGCGUGCGUGUGUGAAUAACAAAUGAAUGUGGAUAUUUGUUUUGUUUUCGUUUCGGUGGCUACAAGAGUGCAAAGCAACAGGAAGUGUGACAGGGGUUGGAAAAUAAAAUAAUUUUCCCUCUUUGUCCCGCUAGUUCUAGCCACAAGUGGGCACACGGCCGUACGUGAAAGUUACUUCCAAUUGUGUAAGUCAAGGUGUGUGUGUGUGCGCGAGGGGUGUGAGGUUUUUAUGAAGGAUAAAAGUUGGUGAAUUUUUUGCCUGUCCAAAGAAGAAAAACAGGAAACUCGACGAUACGGCAUCGAUCGACAAUACGGGCAUUGUGGUGGAAAGGGCCUUGCAGAGAGUAGGGAGCGGGACAAGCUAGGGCCAUUAGAGGUGGGCGAGUGACACGAGGCCGAGUAUGAAUGUUUAAUCAGCAGGGUAGAGGUUUCGUUCUUGCUACUGCCACACUCACACACACAGAUGUACGAUCGCCACAACCGAUUAGGGUCAUAGCGGUGGGCCUUUAAAGCUUACCCUGGCGCAGCUUGAAGGAUCGUUAACUGCUGAAGGUGUACAACAAUUCACAAGAGGCCAGAAACUCCAUCGUCCGGUGCUUAUGAAUAGACAUUUUCCAACGGUGGAGUGCGGGCCGCGAGUGUGGGACAGUAAUAAUUGAAACGAACGAAUAAUCAUUCAUCAUCAUCAGUGUGUUGGGCUCAGUCAGUCGGUGAGCACUUGGAGGCCAUAAAAAAGCACCCCGACAGCAUCGCACCGAAGAAGCCAAAAACGGGGGCGGCUCGUGUCUCGGGUGGUGGGCUCAUAAAAAUUGUGAUGUGAACUCGAGCAUUUGUAUUCAUGCGGGUUUGUGCGUGUCGGUGAGUGAACGGAGCCUACCCAUCAAAUCCAAUUUUCACGAUCAGUGCGCACGGAAGUGCGAAGCCGCUGACAUCCGUCGGACACGAGGACGACGCUGAUGCUGAUGGCGCGCUGUGAGCGGACUCGCUGCUAAAGGGAAUUUGGGACGAUGAUCGCUGCAAGCAGCAGAACCGUCAACAGCACAUCGUCACACUGUCCGGCCUGAACCGGGUACGUCCCGAUUCGUUGCAACAGAGGGCUGGCGGCGAAACCCAUCAAAAAAGGGAAACGACAAUGUCCGGAAGCAAGGGGACAGCAUUGAGGACACCGGGACGAAAGUGAUUCUUUAGCCCGAGUCAGCCGAGCGCUGCAGCAUCGGACCGAUUUCCGGUGUGGAGCUGUGGCCCCCAAAAAGGAAAUCCUGACCAGACACAUCAGACAUCAAGACAGGGCGGAAAUAGCUGAAGGAUUAGGCGAGCAGAAAUAGCACAAGCCAGAACGAGUGUGCUCACUGGAGCAGAACAAACGCGGCUCACAUGCCAUCGCCACCGUCCCAUGUCCCGUGUGAAUCCUUGACCAUGACCGAAGCCUACCGUGGUAGUAGUGGAGGUAGCUCGGCGACUACUCCCACCCUCCCAGCCUCCGCAGGGAAAACAUGGGCAAAACAUCAACUCCGUGAAACAAAGACAGCGACGACAAAGUAAUAGCUUGUCCAACCAAAAAAAAAAAAAAGGGACAAGGAAUCCAUUGGAGGAUUCCUUUGUGAUCAACUUUCCGUUCCGAGCUUUAAUUCCUUGUGGCCAUUCCGAGGGGUUUUCUUUGAAAUCCUUCGUCUUCCCAUCACGAAGAUAUUUGGAGGAAGAAAGAAAAACUCGCUGUCCCUUCUGGGGAGUGGUCACAGUUUGAGCAGCCCAAGCAAGCAAGCAAGUUCCGCAUCCGCAAAACCCCUCGUCCCCUGGAUGCCCUCGGUGGUCGAAUAUGCAAACAUACCUUAAUUAGAAAAUAUCAUAAACCGUACCGCAAACGACGCAUAAGCUCAGGCAACCGACCAAGCUACCUUACCUUGCCAGUUUGGAAAAAGGGCUUUCUUCUUUCUCCUUUUUCGGUGCUGACUGGUGCUGGUGGUGAAAAGUAAACACUACCAUAAAACAUUAAUUUUUUAUGAGCUAUUCACCGGUGUACGCGUGACUGGUGGUGCUGGUAGGAAGGAAGGAAGGUCGGUACGCGGAUCCCGUUGAGCGGGAAGUUUGUUGUCACUGGAGUUGUCGUGGGGUGUGUGUGUGUGAGAGAGACAGUAAGGCACGGUUCGAUGGUGACGCAACGAGGCACCCCGACACGUGGCAGACGAGUCAAUAUGGCGGCCAUAUUAAAACAUAUCAGCAGCGGCGGCAACACCUUGGCGCAGGUACUCGUCCCCAUCACACUGCUGCUGCUGGCGAUGAUGCCGAUUCAGAUGGUGUACGGUAUCGAUUGCUUUAAGUGCGUUUCAAUGAACGGUGCCAAUAAGGCGUGCGAUGAUCCGUUCCACAACAACUACUCGGCGGCCAUCCUGGAGUCACCGUGCAUGGGCGGACGGAAGGGCCGGGACGGGCUGUUUCCGGCCACAUCGUGCAUUAAAAUUGCCGGCUAUUAUGAUGACACCGGCGAAACGAUUACCGUUCGUGGAUGCGCUCUGGACAGUGGUACGCUGACGACGGACACCGAAAUCAUUCGCAUGUCCCACUGCGGACGGUUCUACUACGAUGAUAGAUACGUGCACGGAUGUCUGCAGAGUUGCAACGAUGCGGACGCGUGCAAUGGUGCACCACCACCGAGAGGUUCGUCAAUCCUGUGGCUUAUCCUGCUGGCCGUCAUUGCAGCAGCAGCAACACUUCAACCGUCCGCCCGGUGGCUGCCGAUCGUGAACGGAAGCUAACAAAGUGACCGAAACAGGUAGAGCUGGGAAUUGUCGUCGUCGUCGUCGUCGGUCUGUGUCUUAUGAAGUCACAGAUACAUCGUAGUGUCACGUAGCAGCAGUAGUAGUAGUAGUAGCAAUGGCUUGUGGUUGCCGAUCAGCAGAAGUAAGCAAACUCUGACCAAUACAGCAAAUGAACGUACAGCAUCAAUCAAACAAGCCUCCAUUAAGCACGGAGUACACGGAGGAAGCAUCAAAAAUUGUUUUCUAUUUUUUUUUGUAACUGAUUAGAUUUUUUUUCUGCUAGCAUCGUACACAAAUAACCGGAAUUGCAGCGCAACAGAUACAGAUACUAAUCGUAACAUUAUCGCACCUUAUCAGAAGCUAUCGACCGGCGGUGUUACUAACUAUAAAGAUUAAAGCUACUAAAUUUGAGACAGAAUCAAAAGUAAAAGUAAAAACAAAACACCGGCAAAACUAAUAAGCAUAAUAGAAUGAGAGGAGGGAAGAAAACAAAGUAACAAUUACUAGCAUGUAAGAAUUGCACAAAUCAAAGCAUAAAUAUGAAAAUACACACAACUCGAUUCGAUGUAAAUUGUAUAACAAAACCACACAAAAAAGGGCAGAACAACGGGUGAUUCAAUUUGUAAAACGAGAGUUUCGCGUAACGUCUUUAAAAAACAAACGGAAAAAAAACACAAGUGCAAUGCAGCUAGAAUUGAAAUGAAGUUAAGAGAAGGGGGAGGUAGUUAAGGAGAUACAGUAGAACAACAGAAGUAACAUAUGUUAUAUUCCCUUCAUUUCCGUCUUGUUGGGUGCAAAAAAAAGGAAGAAGCAAAAUCGUUAGUGUAAGGGACAUCGCAUCCUAGCAAGCUUUUCCUAACCCUAGCGCCAACCACCGCACAACUGGACCAAACAAAAACGGGGACAAGCAGUAUAGCUUUUGCUGGUACGUACGCCACCCAAAUCCAUGUUUAUGACCGGCCUGUAAUUUAAGAUCGCAUCUUGUUUGUCCUCUUACGCCGCCCCAAAAAUCGCCUUGAUGAGAUUUGCCAGCAAGAAGUAUUUGUGCCAUUGGUUGUUCUUUUUGCUCUCUUCUUCUGAGCGGGUUUUUGGGGGUAAGAAAAGCGAACUUAUGUUUGGUUUCGGUUCUAGUUCCGUUGUUCGGUAACGAGAUGAGCACACAGGAUGGGACAGUAGUUUUCUGCUUGCUCAUCAGUAAUGCUCUUAUUUAUUGCACCGAGGCAAGUCACAGCCCUUGUGCCCUAAAGUACUGUCGCUAGUCGGGAGGCUUAUGAUAAGCAGUGUUGAGAGUGCUUGAGACCUCUUCCCCCAAAGCCCCCCCCCCCCCCUCACAACGUAGCUUACUGUCGCACAGAUAGAUAUUGGGGAAAAGAAAGCUAGAGAAGCUAGUAAGGAUACAAUUACAUAUAACCGAACAGUGUGAACGUGUAGACGCGUAUUAAACUGUCAGCCAACAGUACGCAUCAGCUCAUCCCCCUGCUGGACGGGUAGCAAGGUUGUAGUAGCGUUUGCUGAGCAACACACACACACAGCCAUACAGAGUAGCGAUGGUUUCAAUUGGCCGGAUGCCGAUCGCAACGUGCCCCACGAAGCGAUCAAUUUGUACUAACCUUAUACUUUCACCCCAGGCCCAAUUUUGUAAAGCCCAAAUGAUCAAAUAUUUAACCAACCCACUACGAUGUACUAGUACGAUUCAAGCUCGACCAACGCACAGCAGCACAGCGCGACAAGGCCAAUGGGAAAAAAAAUUGUAUUAUAAGUGCCUCAUGAGUAAUGUUACUACAAAAUCCACGUUUGCGACAAGUUUGUACAAAUUAUUAAACGUAUCCAUGUUGCACCACACACCGCUCAGCACACAGAAGUCGCUUUCGGGUGUCUACAACACACACACACACACUUCCACGAACCCCCCCUAAACCAAUCAUGAACACACGUGGGUUUCCUCAAAUCCAGGCCAUGUUAUUAAAUGCAAGAAAAUAUAAUUACCAAAAAAAAAACAUUAUUAUCUGACCAACUGUACAUAAAUGGUCAGCAAAACAAUACAAAUAUACUUAAAUGUGAUAUCAAGCAAGCAAGAAAAAAACCGAUGGAGCAGCAAUGCGACAUUCAGGGCAUAUGGCAUCAAUGCAUCAAUGCACCGUUGCGAAUUGCUACAACAUGCUUCAGGGAUGCUGUGAAAUACAAAGCAACACAAACACUAAUCCACUUAAGCUGGGAUGUGGGGAACGGCAAAAUCCGCUUCUUACCGUGUAGUUGUAUAAUUAGAAGCUAGUGAGAUAAAUUAUGCGCACCUACUCAAUGCACUUCAGUAAUUGUGACGGUAUAUCGUUAGCCAUAUAACCAUCGAUGGUGAUCCAUACAGCACACAUCCGCGAACGGGUCGGGGAUGAGAUUUAUAGUGACGAAUGAAGGACGGCAAAGGCAGAAGCUAUGGUUAGCAAUUUAAUUAUUACUAGUAGCAUUAACACGCAUAAGAGUGUAAGAAGAGGUACGGAAGAGCCACAGCAUUACAUUACAGCAGCAGCAGCUACACUAUGCCGAGCAGCACAAAGCAAAACCUGACCAAAACGGAAGCGUCCAGGAGCGUGAGCUUGGUCGAAAAAAAAAACACUGUAGAGCACACUUAACAUAUGCCGACACCUAUUCUUAUCCGAGAUAUUACAUGGGCCCAACAACAAAAAAAAGAGAAGAAGAAGCCGUGGGUAAGCCUACAUCCACAUUUCGGUGCAGGAUCCAGUUUGAAAUGAUGAAUAAAAAAAAAAUACAAAUGUUUCCUAACAAA